AUGUUGCCGGCGCUCUCCGCCUUCUUCAUGCUUGUCUUCGUGCUGCUGUGCCUGCUGGGCAUCGGGGCCAACGGCUUCAUCGUGCUGGUGCUGGGCGGCGAGUGGUGGCUCCAGGGCCGGCUGCUGGCCCCCGACCUGGUGCUGCUCAGUCUGGGCGCCUCGCGCUUCUGCCUGCAGUGGGUGGGGCUGGCCAACAAUUUGUACUACACGCUGCACCUGGGGCAGUACUCCAGCGGGCCGGCGCGCCAGCUCUUCGGCCUGCACUGGGACUUCCUCAACUCGGCCACCUUCUGGCUGGGCACUUGGCUCAGUGUGCUUUUCUGCGCCAAGAUCGCCAGCUUCGGCCACCCUGCCUUCCUCUGGCUCAAGUGGAAGCUGCCGGCCUCCGUGCCCUGGCUGCUGCUCGGCUCCCUGGCCGUGUCCACCGUGGUCACCCUGCUGUUCUUCGGGGGGAACCACUCCAUGUACCAGGGCUUCUUGAUCGCCGACUUCGUGGGGAACCAGUCCUACCGGGCGUGGAGCCACCAGCUGGAGAUCCACUAUUUCCUGCCGCUGAAGCUGGUCACCCUGUCGGUGCCCUGCUCACUGUUCGUGGCCUCCAUGGCGCUGCUCAUCCGUUCCCUGCGCAGACACACGCGCAGGAUGCGGCCCCACGCGCCCGGCCUGCGGGACCCGCGCACCCAGGCGCACGCGCGCGUGCUCAAAUCCCUUGUCUCCUUCCUUGUCCUCUACGCGCUGUCCUUCUUGUCCCUGGUCAUCGACGCGGCGGGCUUCUUCUCCUCGGAGAGCGACUGGUACUGGCCGUGGCAGAUUCUGAUCUAUCUGUGCACCUCGCUCCACCCCUUCGUCCUCAUCCUUGGCAACCUCAAGCUCCGAGGUGUGUGCCGGCAGCUGCUGCUGCUGGCCAGGGGCUUCAGGGUGGCCUAG